GUUUCACCAUCAACGUCAAAUGUCCCAGUAUGCAUUGUACGUGCUGCAGAUUUGUAUUGGUUUUCCUUCUUCCGGGCGCGUAAUAAGUAAACUGAUUUCCCCUCGACGUCAGUCGUCUAUUAAACUGACCACUCACGUUCUAGUAAACUUGUCGACUGAGACGUGUACCGUACUGUAUUUGCAACAACCGUUUUGUCAGCUAGAUGUUCCGAUAAACUUGCACGAGCGUGCUUAUGCAAGCGUGUAUGCAACUCAAAAGUAAUCAUGCAAAACAUACACUAAAGAAUUGCUGUUUAACUGAAUAGACAUUUAAAAAAUCUAACAAUAUGAUAAGAGGCGAUUGAAAGACGAUCAUUUUAAAGAAAUAAAAGGAAGUGAACAGAAUUAUCUGCCAAGUAAAAGAUUUGUAAAAAAUAGCAUUAUUAAUAUUAAUUCAAUUCAGGAAUUAUGAAUAUGGAUGGAGCAAUGGAAGAGCGACUUCUAGCUAUAUUUCACUUGGACGUUUCAAUUACUUUUAAAUUGCACCCAUAUAUGUUUGCACAAGCACAAACGCUUAAGCAACAGCCUUUCGAAAGUCCAAGUCUUUCGGAACAUCCCGGAUCACAAAAGACUGCAAAAUAGUUAAAGUUACACACAUGAAAAAGUGCCGAUUGACUUUCGCAAGUUACACAUGACAGGUGUUUAUUUAAACCACCGUGCGACCCGGCUUCGCUCCCGUCCCGGAGCAGGAGCAGAAACAGGAAGAUCCGCGCCCGGAAGAGGCGUCCCGUCUCUCCCGUAUCUCGCCCGUUCGCGUGUGAGGUCACGUGUUUACCCACGCAUUUACGUCGUGUUUGGAAGAGCGCGCCUCGUGCCGCCGCCGAUCCCCGCGCGAUGCCGCAAUGGCAUUCCUCGGUCGCCGAUCGUGCAGCACGCGUGUACAAAGUAUCACACAUGGAGUACUUGUUGCAAGCCCGCGGUCACCAACGCAGCUCUUCAGAUACACAGGCGUUCCGCGAGCGUACGAAGAGAGAUGCGAGAGAUGAGCUGCACCGCGAACUUGAGAAACUGGAGGCGACCGCCCGCGAGAAUAAGAAGACGCUGAUCAAUCGACAGUUUGCCGGAUUUCAACACCUGUUCGAGCGUUUUCUGCAAGAGGAGGGCCCGUCUUUGGAAUGGGAUCAUAUUCAGAAGUUGCCAGAAGAUGCGGUUAAGGAUUACAACUCUUUGCCAUCACCGGAGACGGAAGAAGUGAAGGAGCUGCUGGAUAAGUUGGUUGUGGUCAAAUUGAAUGGUGGUCUCGGAACGAGCAUGGGAUGUCACGGACCGAAAUCCGUGAUUGCUGUGCGGAAUGGACUUACUUUCCUGGAUCUCACUGUUCAGCAAAUUGAGCAUCUAAAUAAAACAUAUAACGCUAACGUGCCACUCAUACUGAUGGAUUCGUUCAACACUGACGAUGAUACGCAACGUAUAAUUAGGAAAUACAAAGGAAUUGAUAUAGACAUCUAUACUUUUAAUCAAAGCUGUUAUCCGCGCAUAAACAGAGAUUCUCUUCUUCCGAUCGCUAAACAUUGUCAAAUUGAUGAGGAUAUAGAAGCUUGGUAUCCACCUGGCCAUGGAGAUUUCUACGAAAGUUUCGAAAAUUCUGGUUUACUAAAAAAAUUUAUUCGUGAGGGUCGCGAAUAUUGUUUUAUUUCGAACAUAGAUAAUCUUGGUGCUACAGUGGACAUAAAAAUCUUGAAGCUAUUGCUAAGUAAAAGACCGGAACCGCCUCUUGAAUUCGUGAUGGAAGUAACCGACAAAACGCGAGCGGACGUCAAGGGUGGCACACUUAUAAAAUACGAAGAUAAACUUCGUCUCCUUGAAAUAGCUCAAGUUCCCAAGGAUCAUAUCGACGACUUUAAGUCUGUGAAGACAUUUAAAUAUUUUAACACCAACAAUCUUUGGAUUAAACUUAGUGCCAUUGAGAGAGUACUUGAUCAAAAAGCAUUGAAUAUGGAAAUUAUUGUAAACAAUAAAACCUUUACUAAUGGUCUAAAUAUAAUACAACUUGAAACCGCUGUUGGAGCCGCUAUGAAAUCAUUCGAAGGCAGUAUUGGCAUAAAUGUACCACGCAGUAGAUUCUUACCCGUGAAAAAGACCUCCGAUCUGAUGCUUGUAAUGAGUAAUUUAUAUACACUGCGCAACGGAUCUCUCAUAAUGAGUCCUCAAAGAAUGUUCCCUACGACACCUCUCAUCAAAUUAGGAGACAAUCACUUUUCAAAAGUGAAAGAGUUUCUGACCAGAUUUCCAACAAUACCAGAUCUCCUCGAAUUGGAUCAUUUAACAGUGUCAGGCGACGUUACCUUUGGAAAAGGAGUAACGCUGAAAGGCACCGUCAUUAUAAUCGCCAAUCACGGUGAACGCAUAGACCUGCCUUCUGGUACCGUUUUAGAAAAUAAAAUUGUGUCGGGUAAUCUACGCAUAUUGGAUCACUAAGUCGCAUUGGUGGGCAAAGGAGCGUCUUGGUUCAUAUCUCACAGAGAGUAAAUGUAAAUGUUUGAGAGAACAGGGUCUGUGCUUUCAGUAAUCAUGUCUUAGCAUAAAUUAACUAGUCAAGCGAUUAAAUUGUACAUAUUUGUAAUGUUAUUUUAGAAAGAAAGGGCCAGAGAUAUAUUUCUAUAAAAACUUUUACUGAAUUGUAUAUAUAAAAAUUUAAUAUAUAAAGAUUAUGAGAUAUCAAGAGAAAUUUAUAAUGUAUAAAGCAUUGUUGUGUAAGCGCGAUGAGAGCUUACAAGCCAUAUUAUAUUAUAAUGAAUAAAUGCUCUUUCAAAUUUUAA